AUGGACGUCGUCUUCGCCGCAACAGAGGCAUACAUCGGACCAAGAGCGUUGACCACAAUCGCAAGCGAAUGGGGUAUUGAGGCGGCGGCGGAGCCGGGUGGUGAAGUCGACCCUGGAUUAUUACAAUUUAAGAGGAUACAGUCGGGCGAUGCUCUCCCAGCAGAGUUGAGGCGGCAAGCACCCUGGAAGUGGAACAUCACCACCACACACAAAAUCAUGAAGACUGACGAAUUUGGCUCCGACAACGCAGCACCCAGUCCGCACGCGCUACAGAGCACGCCGGUACCACUGGAAGAGGCAGCUCAGUCUUUCGUUCGAGCCCUCAUCGGCGCAUUGCACGUACACUUGGGCUCCCCGCUCGUCAAGCGCUUCUUCCGCGACCACUUCCUCAGCCGGCACCUCGACAUCAGCACAAUUUUCGAUUUCCGAAUGCCGACACGCGAUCUUUCACGGUUAUGCGCACGAGAAGGCUUCGAGCCACCGGUUGCCCGAUUGAUCUCAGAAACCGGUCGUCUGAGCAGACAUCCUGUCUUCGUGGUUGGCGUAUACAGCGGAAAGGACAAGCUAGGAGAGGGAUCAGGCAGUUCAUUAGAUGAGGCCAAGACAAGAGCAGCGGCAGCAGCAUUGAAGGCAUGGUACCUAUACAAGCCGGUCGAGGUCACCGUCCCAAGCAGCAUGGAGGGCGAAUUGGAUACGAGCAAGUGGCGGCCGAACCACGUCGACCACGGAGAGGUCAUUGUGUAA